UGGCAGUCUUGAAGUACAGAAAAGCGGGUCUAGCAGGAUGCUAAGCAGCUCCCUGUCAGAUUGUGUACUGCUGAUCGCCGGCAUCCGUGCGUGCGUGGAGUGGCACUUUGACACGCUUUCCAAGAAGAAGCUUAGUCCCGGCGCGCGCAAGGCGAGAGGGUCCGGUCGUAGGGCAGUAUUUGAUGUUGAGACUUACACAAGCGAGCGACUGUGCGGACGGGCAGACGGCAGGAUGGCGCAGGACUGGGAAUGCUAGAUGGUGGACCUCAAACAUCCCACACUUUUGGCACAGCGGCAAGAAAGCGCGAGCAGUGGCGUCCAAUGCACACAUGCACUACCGCUGCUACUCCUGCCCCAAGCGGCUUUGUCCCAGUGUUUCAGCGUGUGCGUGGAUGGUGGUCAUGGCACAUCUUUGCCUUUCAAGCUAGCCGAUUUCACCAUAGGUGGCUAUUUGCUAAUCUACCCCAUGCCAUGUUUGCAUCAGCUGCCGUGAGUUCAGUAUUCGCCCCCGAGACAAGACCGAGGCCAGUUCACAUACACUCGAGCGGCGGUAACGUUCGAACAGUUAUAUUCUCAGCAAACCAUGCUGCUCAAGAGUGCGACGCACAUACUGUAGGACGACCGUUGCGAACCUCAUUCCGGCCCCACGUUCGUUCCGGGACGGCGGCCUUUAGAAUCACUGGAAGGUUUACCUAAUUUCUUCCCACUGCUGAGGUCACAGUUCAAACCUGCCGAAGAUGCGGCUUGCCGACCUCGACUUGCCCGCUCGUAACACGGGC